AAGCCUGGUGCCCUGGGAAACAAAAGGUGUAUUUGCCAGUAACAGAAAUGGCGGUUCUAGCGCUGUUGGAGUAGGUGGUGUGAGGCUCUGGCGGGGCGCCCUGAGGAGCUGCUCAGCGCGCCCGAGGGGGGAUAAGGAAGAGUUCAGGGAAGGCUGAUGGUGUUACAAUAACAGUAACCAAGGUUUCAUACACACCUAGGAGAGGUUCUCCCCCGGAGGGGUAGUUACAUUGUGUUGGGUAUGCUUACAGAACCGUGCAGCCAUGGACCUGAAGGAGCAGUGUCAGGAUGAGAUGACCUCAAGUUUGGGCCUGACCACAAAGAAGGCCCUCACUAUCCUGAGAGACCAGCUGUCAGCACUGCUGGAGGGACAUCAGAAGGAAAGGAAGAAGGUGAUUUCAUGGAAGGAGGUGUGGAGGAGCAGUUUCCUGUACCAUGGUAACCGUUGCUCCUGUUUCCAUUGGCCGGGUGCAUCUCUGAUGCUGCUGACAGUGCUGCUGCUGUUGUGCUGCUAUGGGAGCCAGCCACACGGGAGCUCCUUCCCCCAGUCUCUGAUAAAGACUCAUUUUGGGAGCUCAUUGAUGCUGCUUCUCAACAAUCCCAUGAUGGAUCUGAUGGAGAGAAUGAGCCAAGGUGCUGAGAUUGUGAAUGCCCUGGCACUCCUCCUCCUCCUCCUCCUGAACCUCUUCUUGAUUGGACGACAAGAGAGGCUGAAGCGCAGAGAGGUUGAAAGGAGGCUCUGGACCAUCAUCGACAAGAUAAACGAUACCCUGGAAGAUGGCAAAGAGCCGAAGUGGCCAGACUCCAUGUACCCCGACCUUCACAUGCCUUUUGCCCCAUCCUGGUCCCUCCACUGGGCCUACAGGGAUGGUCAUCUUGUAAACCUACCCGUCAGCCUGUUAGUAGAGGGAGACGUUAUCGCUCUGAGACCGGGGCAGGAGUCUUUUGCUUCUCUGAGAGGAAUUAAGGAUGAUGAACACAUUGUUCUGGAGCCAGGAGACUUGUUCCCCCCUUUCUCUCCUCCACCUUCCCCGAGGGGUGAAGUGAAGAAGGGACCUCAGAAUCCUCAGCUGUAUCGUCUCUUUCGUGUCCUAAAGACCCCAGUGAUUGACAAUGUCAGGUGGUGUCUGGAUAUGGCAUUGUCACGUCCCGUGACAGCUCUGGAUAACGAGAGGUUCACAGUGCAGUCAGUGAUGUUGAAGUAUGCCGUCCCUAUUGUAUUGGCUGGCUUCCUGAUCACCAACGCUGUGCGCUUCAUUUUCUCGGCUCCUGGAAUUGCUUCCUGGCAGUACACUCUUCUUCAGCUGCAGGUGAAUGGCGUGCUGCCCAUCCUUCCACUGCUCUUUCCUGUCCUGUGGGUUCUUGCUACAGCCUGUGGAGAAGCCAGAGUCCUGGCCCAGAUGAGCAUGACCUCGUCCACCUCGCUGCUGGCUAAGUUUUCAGAGGACACACUCAGCAGCUACACAGAGAUGGUAUCUUCUCAGGAAAUGAUACGUUGUAUCUGGAGCCACUUUCUGUGUGUUUUAAAAGGCAAGUCUCCAACACUCAGCUUCACCUCCAGCUUACUUCACAGCCUGGGAUCCGUCACUGUGCUUUGCUGUGUAGACAAGCAGGGGAUUCUAUCCUGGCCAAAUCCCAGUCCAGAGACUGUUCUGUUCUUCAGUGGGAAGGUAGAAGCCUCUCACGAUAGCCAUGAAGACCUGAUGGAUGAACUCUCCACGCGCUCCUUCUGCCACCCAGAGAUGGAUGAGGAGCCCCAUGAGAGGGAUGCUCUGCUUUCUGGUCCCAUGAUGGAUAUGGUCCACAUUGCCAAUGAACAGGAGAGGAACGACUGGUCUAGUGACACUCCGAAAUCUUCUGACGUCCAUGUCCACAGAAAGCCAAACAGUAGAAGCAAGCAUCCAUCGGGGUCCAAUGUGAGCUUCAGCAAAGACACGGAGGGUGGUGAGGAGGAGGCAACCCAGGCUUGCGGUGACAGUGAGGGACUGGCCUGUGAGGCUGAAGACUUUGUGUGUGACUACCACCUCAAAAUGCUCAGCCUGUCCCAGGACCAGCAGAACCCCUCCUGUAUCCAGUUUGACGACUCCAACUGGCAGAUGCACCUAACCUCCCUGAAGCCUCUGGGCUUGAAUGUGCUGCUCAAUCUCUGCAAUGCCAGUGUGACAGAGCACCUAUGCCGUUUCUCUGACCACCUCUGCAACAUUGCCCUCCAGGAGACCCACAGUACCGUGCUGCCUGUCCAUGUGCCCUGGGGGCUCUGUGAGUUUGCCAGGCUAAUAGGUUUCACACCCGGAGCCAAAGAGCUUUUCAAGCAGGAGAACCACUUGGCUCUGUACCGCCUUCCGACUGAUGAGAUGGUGAAGGAGACAGUACUGGGAAAACUCUCUUCUAUCACCAAGCGGAGACCGCCUUUGAGUCACAUGAUCAGCCUUUUUGUUAAGGACACCACCACCAGCACUGAGCAGAUGCUUUCUCACGGGACAGCUGACAUCAUUCUUGAGGCCUGCACAGACUUUUGGGAUGGUGCUGAUAUCUACCCCCUCUCCGGCUCUGACAGGAAGAAAGUGUUGGAUUUCUACCAACGAGCAUGUCUCUCAGGCUAUUGCUCUGCUUUUGCCUACAAGCCAAUGCACUGUGUCUUGUCCUCCCAGCUCAAUGGCAAGUGCAUAGAACUGGUGCAGGUCCCUGGACAGAGUGCCAUCUUCACAUCCUGUGACCUUCCAGGGACUACACCCAUCAAACAGAGCAGCAGAAGGAACAGCUGGAGCUCUGAUGAAGGGAUCGGGGAAGUGAUGGAGAAGGAGGAUUGUAUCCAGGCUCUGAGUGGUCAGAUCUUCAUGGGAAUGGUCUCGUCCCAGUACCAGGCCCGACUUGACAUCGUCCGCCUCAUUGAUGGGCUGGUCAGUGCCUGCAUUCGUUUUGUCUACUUUUCCCUGGAAGAUGAGCUCAAGAGCAAGGUCUUUGCUGAGAAGAUGGGUCUUGAGACCGGCUGGAACUGCCACAUAUCCUUAACACCCAAUGGAGAUGUGCCCGGGUCAGAGAUUCCUCCCUCCAGUCCCAGCCAUGCAGGUUCUUUGCAUGAUGACCUGAAUCAGGUCUCUCGAGAUGAUGUGGAGGGCCUGCUGCUGAUGGAAGAGGAAGGGCACUUGGAUCUCAUCAGCUUUCAGCCAACAGACAGCGAUAUCCCCAGCUUCUUGGAGGACUGCAACAGGGCCAAACUUCCUCGAGGGAUCCACCAGGUCAGACCUCACCUGCAGAACAUUGACAAUGUGCCUUUGCUGGUGCCCCUCUUUACGGAUUGCACCUCAGAGACCAUGUGCGAGAUGAUCAAGAUCAUGCAGGAGUAUGGAGAGGUGACCUGCUGUCUGGGGAGCUCUGCCAACCUGCGGAACAGCUGCCUCUUCCUGCAGAGUGACAUCAGCAUAGCAUUGGAUCCACUCUAUCCGUCCCGCUGCUCCUGGGAGACUUUUGGCUAUGCCACAAGCACUAACAUGACACAAGUCUCAGAUGACCUAACGCCCCUGCAGCUCUCAGGCCAGCUCAACAGCUUGCCCUGCUCCUUAUCCUUCCACCAGGAAGAGAGCAUCAGUAUCAUCCGACUUAUAGAACAGGCGAGGCAUGCAACAUACGGGAUCCGCAAGUGUUUCCUCUUCUUGUUGCAGUGCCAGCUGACUCUGGUGGUCAUUCAGUUCCUGUCCUGCCUGGUGCAGCUGCCACCCAUUCUGAGCACCACGGACAUCUUAUGGCUCUCCUGUUUCUGUUACCCGCUGCUAAGUGUCUCUCUUCUAGGCAAGCCCCCCCACAGCUCCGUCAUGUCCAUGGCAACUGGGAAAAAUUUAACCGCCAUUCCUAAAAAGACUCAGCAUUACUUCCUGCUCUGCUUCCUGCUGAAAUUCAGCCUGACCAUCUGCUCCUGCCUUGUCUGCUUUGGGUUCACGCUGCACGAGUCCUGCAAAGGGAUGAACACCACCAGCCUCAACCUCAGCGCCUGCUCCUCCAUCAUGGUGUACAGCAAUGCUGAAGGUGCCCCUGACUGGUUUGGAAAGUUUUCCAAUGCUCUCCUCUUAGCGCAGAAGCUCACAGCUGGUCUGAUUGUUUUGCACACUGUGUUUAUAUCCAUCACCCACGUCCAUCGCACCAAACCGCUGUGGAAGAAAAGCCCCUUCACUAACACAUGGUGGACCCUAACUGUGGGUGUUGUGUUGCUGGGUCAGGUGAUGCAGACGGCUCUGGAUCUGAAGCUGUGGACAAACUUAGACUCUCCAUUAACCUUUAGCGAUGUUCACAUCUCCCUGGUCUCAUGGCUCUUGGGUUUCCACUCUCUCAUCCUCGUGGUAAUUGUUAACGAGAUCGUCAAACUCCACGAAAUCCGGGUGCGGGUCCGUUACCAAAAGAGACAGAAGCUGCAGUUUGAAACUAAACUGGGGAUGAAUUCUCCGUUUUGAACCCCGGCAGCAGGAGUCCUGUGGCAAUGGCACCUGGGGCGAGGGACGUAUGCCCCUGUCCCCGCACAGCCUUGACCUAUGUGGCAAGAAGGAUAGUGCUGGAGGCUUCGCUUACACACGUGGACCCGCCAGGCUCCUAGCCGAGCAGCAAGAGAACCUUAGAGAGAGGCCACUGCUGUAGCUGUGUCCAGGAGCUGGUUUGAGGCCCCUUACCCCAUUGCAGUGCUCCAGGGGAAUGGGAGCUCUGGCUGCCCUGCAGGCUGCUGCUGUUCCUGUUGUUUAUUUAUUUUUAGUACCUUGAUGACAUUGAAAUGAAGCAAUUUCCCCUUGCGGA